UUAUUCCAAUAAUACCCCUCCUAUUCAUCCUUCGUUGAACUCUUCUUUGUCUCUUUCUUUCUUUCUUUAUCCCAAUAACCUUUGAUAUUCCUUUGCUCAUCCUCAUUCUUAACAAAGAUCCCAGUUUUUCAGAGAUCUCUUAGUUUAUCAUUUAGCAGAUGAAUUGAUAAGGAAAUGGGGAAGAAAGGGAGUUGGCUUUCUGCAGUGAAGAAGGCUUUAAGUCCUGAACCCAAAGAAAAGAAAGAUAAGAAACAGCAUAAAUCAAAGAAAAAGUGGUUUGGGAAAAAUAAGAGUAUAGAUGCAGGAUUCCCACAGCCAACAGAAACUGCAGCAGCAAUCCCUGACCCUUCUCCUUCUGCAGAGGAGGUAAAGUUGACAGAAGCAGAGAAUGAGCAAAGCAAGCAUGCUUAUUCUGUUGCCCUAGCCACUGCUGUGGCUGCAGAAGCAGCAGUAGCAUCUGCCCAGGCUGCUGCAGAAGUUGUGCGGCUCACGAGCACAGCUCGCUACUCUGGUAAAUCUAAUGAAGAAACCGCAGCUAUUAAAAUCCAGACAGCAUUUCGUGGACACUUGGCAAGAAGAGCACUGCGGGCUUUAAGAGGGCUAGUAAGGUUGAAAACAUUGAUUCAAGGGCAAUCUGUCAAACGACAAGCUACAACCACCUUAAGAUGCAUGCAGACUUUAGCUCGUGUGCAGUCCGAGAUUCGAACAAGGAGGCUCAGAAUGUCAGAGGAGAACCAGGCUCUGCAGAGGCAGCUCCUACAGAAACACGAAAAGGAAGUUGACAAAUUGAGAUCUCCUACCGGAGAGGAUUGGAAUGAUAGUGCACAAUCUAAGGAGCAAGUAGAUGCAAACCUACAGCACAGGCAGGAGGCUGCUAUAAGAAGGGAAAGAGCAUUAGCUUAUGCAUACUCCCAUCAGCGAAUGUUGAGGAACUCUUCAAAAUCAUCAAAUCCAACAUUUAUGGACCCAAAUAAUCCUCACUGGGGAUGGAGUUGGUUAGAGAGGUGGAUGGCAUCUCGACCGUGGGAAAGCAGAAGUGCAAUUGACAGAGAACUUAACAGCGACCGUGCAUCUGUAAACAGUGCAACGAGCCAUGCCAUUUCUGUUGGAGCUCGUCGUGAUCUUAACUUUGGUAACAACCUACUCUCUCCAGCAGGUAAAAAGUUGAGUCGACCUCCAAGUCGCCAAUCACCAUCCACUCCCCCCUCCAAAGCACCGUCGUCGUCAUCAGUUGGUGGGAAAAUGAGGCCACCAAGCCCAAGGGGGAGUAAUUGUGGUACGGAAGAUGAUUCAAGGAGCUUCCGUAGUGUUCAAUCAGAAAGAUGGCGAAGGCAUAGUAUUGCUGGUGGUUCAUCAGCGGGAGACGACGAAAGCCUUGCGAGCUCACCUGCAGUUCCAAGUUACAUGGAACCAACACAAUCAGCCAAAGCUAGGUAUAGACUACCAAGCCCCCUGGGAAUGGAAAAGAACAGAACACCAGAUAAGCAAUCACCAGCAGCUACCGCAAAGAAGCGCCUCUCUUUUUCAUCUUCUACAGUUGGUCCCAGGAGACAUUCUGGCCCUCCUAGGAUGGAUUCAAGCUCUGUCAAGGACAUCGCUAUGGACCUUUAAGGCAUAAUUUGCAACGACAAGAAAAAAAAUAUAAAUUUAGUUAGAUAGCUACUCUUGAUUAUGGUGCAACUGGAGUGAAUUACGUUUGGUAUUGUUUUCUUUUACUUGUUUGACCACUGUCCAUAGCAAUGUAAUUUAUCAUGAAUGUUCUUGUAGAGACAAUGGUUUGGGGUGGAAUUAGUCAUCUGUAAGCACUUCGAUCAUUUAUAUAAUCAUGUUCUGUUAUAUAUGUCGUAUUGCCUAUC